ACUCCAGCUGGCAGAAUUGGAUUCGUUAAUGCGCUAGAACAAGAGUCUCGUCGUACUCAAGGUUUGGUAGACCUGCAAGCCUUACCGAAAUUACUCGAUCAAAUUGGACUGCUGUUAGUCGAAUGUCAAAAUGCUGAAGAUUUUUCACCAGCUAAAAAGUUUCUCACUAUAUCACUGCAGUUCUACACCUAUGAUCCUUCUGUGUCAACUGAUCGUACAUUCAUUUUUGCGUAUAUCAAAAAUCAACCGAUAUGGCAAUCGUUACGUUUUUGGAAUGCAUGUUUCUUCCAAUCGCUUCAAGAAGCCCGUUCAAAAGCGGAAGAAUCACCAUAUGA